AUGGAAGAAGCCCUCAAGGGGCCCCCAGUGAGACCUUCCAAGGUACAAACCUGCGGGCCGAGCAUUAACCCGUGUGAAGAAGAGGUUGCGGCGCUCUCAAGGGCAUCGCACAUAUCGCGCCACCAGAUGCCGCUGUCGAGCCACGUUUGGUCUUUGAUCCCACUUACCCAAAAACAAAAGAACGGCGAGAUAAAUUUAUUUCUAGGUAGUGUUGUGGAUAGCCUUAUUCUUAAAACCUUUGGAGCUCUCUCGGUGUAUUUUGUGGCUGCUGUUGUUCCCUCCUCUCCCGAAACGCGAUCCCUGGGUAGGCGGGCGGGGGCAGUGGCCGCCAGCAGCCGGCACGAAACCCACCGGGAUUCCCCAUCCUGCCGCCGGCCUGAGCGCGCCCAUGCUGGGAACCGCGGGGAAGGGCGCCCAGCAGCCGCGGCGGGGCAGGCACAAGAACAGCACUGCGAGGCGGGGAGCGGAGCGCGGGGCUCUCCCUUCCAGAGGCGGGCGGGACCCGCUCCGCGCCGAGCGAGCCGAGCUGAAGCGCCGCAUGGCGCGGCUCCACAUGGCGCGGCCCCGCUCGGCGGCAAGGUGAGUCUCCGGCAGCACCACCUGGGCUGGGGGCGGCACUGGGAGCGGACUCUCCCGCGGGCUCCCGGGCGAGGCAGCCCGGCAGCGGCGGCCGAGCUGGAGCGCGGGGGCGGCGGGCGGGAGCCGGGCGGGGCGCGGGCGGCGGCUCCCCCUGGCCGGGCGGCGCUUGGUUUCUCCUGGCAGCGGAGGCAGGGCCACGCGCGGCGAGGACCCUCCCCCUCUCCCCCUCCGUGCUACUCCGGUGGAGUCGACGGCCGGGUGGGAAGGUGGCGGCGUGAGCUGGAAGUGGGCGAAAACUUGUUCCUCCGCGUGUUCUCCCGCUCCGCCGCGGGGCCGGGGCCAGCCGGGCGAGCCGCGUGUCGGGGGCGGGGGACGAGACGCGGGCCGGGGGAGGGCGGGUGGGCGCGGGCAAGAGGAGCCGCGCCGCCCCGCCGCUGCCGUCUCCCUUUCCUCCCCUGCCGCAGGUCUCGCUGCAGGAAGCGUAGCGGAGCCAGCCCCCGAGGGGAAACGCCUGCCCCCGAAGAAAAGGCUGCCCGGAGCCGGACCCCGCCUCGCAGCGCCGCCCGGAGCCGGAGGCGCCCGGAGGGAAAAGUUGCGUGCGGGGCCGGGCCGGGCGCGAUGCCGGGGCGCGGCGCGCUCUGCCUGGGGCUGCUGCUGCCCGUCCUGCUGGGCUGCGGCUCGGCGCAGCCCGGCGGCUGCCCGGCCCUCUGCGAGUGCUCGGAGCCGGCCAAGACGGUGAAGUGCGUGAACAGGAACCUGACGGCGGUGCCCCCCGACCUGCCGCCCUACGUGCGCAGCCUCUUUAUCACCGGCAACCCCCUGACCGACCUGCCGGCCGGCGCCUUCACUGCCCAGCGCCUGCCCGACCUCGCGUCCCUCAACCUCAGCGGCAACCACCUGCGGACCGUGGAGGCCGGCUCCCUCGCCCUGCCCGCCCUGCGGCAGCUGGACCUCAGCGGCAACGCGCUGGUCUCCUUCAGCCCGCAGGCCUUCGGGGAGGGCGGCAGCCCGCUGGAGGAGCUGGCCCUCCGCGGGGCCCUGCGCGACCACGGCGUCCUGCUCAGCCUGGCCGCCCUGCUGCAGUCCGGGGCCCUGCGCAACCUCAGCCGCCUGGAGCUGGCCGACAACGGGCUGCUGCUGCUGCCCGCCGGCAUGUUCACUGCCCUGCCCGCCCUGCGGCAGCUGGACCUCAGCAACAACUCCCUGGUGGGCCUGCGAAAUGUCUCUUUCCAGGGACUGGGCCAGCUGCAGAGCCUCAACCUCAGCGACAACUCCCUGAGUGUGCUGUGGAACACCACCCUGGCCCAGUUCCGCAGCCUGCCCGCGCUCCGGCACAUCGUCCUGGGCCACAACACCUGGGUCUGUGACUGUGCCAUCGAGGACCUGGUGGCCUGGCUCAAGGAGAGCGACCAGGUGGAGGGCAAAGAAGCCCUGACCUGUGCCUCCCCUGACAAGAUGUUGGGCAAAGCCCUGCUGAAGAUCAAUGGCUCGGACCUGAACUGCUCCGUGCCCACAGACCUGCCUUCCCAGCUACAGACUUCGUACGUCUUCCUGGGGAUAGUCUUGGCUCUCAUUGGGGCCAUAUUCCUCCUAGUUUUGUACUUGAACCGAAAAGGAAUCAAAAAGUGGAUGCACAACAUCAGAGAUGCCUGUAGGGAUCAUAUGGAGGGCUACCACUACAGAUACGAGAUCAAUGCAGACCCCAGGUUAACAAACCUCAGCUCCAACUCAGAUGUCUGACGAAAUGCCUCGGAUGCAGGGCAGUGCAAAGUACCUAUGCAUGAAAAGUAGACUUAUGCUUUACCCUUGUGCUUGCUUCCAUCUCCCCUGAAAAGUCUCAGACAUGCUUGUAACUUGAGAGGGACAUGCCUCCCUGUGAUGUCAAGUUAAUUUUUGUUUUGAGACACUGGACUGCUGAGCAUGGCGUUCAGCUGUGUGUAGGAAACAAGCUGCUACUUAUUUUCCUCCUUACCUGUCUGCACUUGUGGGAAAUUUUUUUUCAAGAUGUCAAAAGGAAAAAAAGGAUUCUCUCUGAUGAUCCAAAGCCACCAGAGUUUAUUAAACGUUUACUGAUGCAGACGCCGUUCAACAAAAGCUGCCUCAACUUUUUGGGAAAAAAGUUACAUGUUCCGCUGUGCCAGUUUUGAUCUUGUAUAUCUGAGUUGAGAUGCGAUGAUUAUGUUUCAUAGACUCUCUUGAGAUUUUAAAAACCAAACUAUCUCCUUUUAACUGCUCUUCGGAAGGAAAUAAAAUAGCAAGCAUGCACAAAUACUGUAUAGUUUUACAUGUUAGGAAAUUUAUUAUCUCAGUAAGUCUCUUACUAUUUUGUAGUUAUUUUUGAUUGCAGUUUACAUGACUUGACAGAAUUUUUUAUACAAACUGCAUCUAAACUCCAUCUAAACUCAGUCUGAACUGUUAUAUUCAAUAAACAGUCUUACAAGAACUGUCGUGUUUGCUGUUCAAUGAGAAAAGUAUGGACAUCUAAGAAUGUGAAUAGCGCUAUAUUCUCUGAAGUAAUAGCCCUGCAGUAGUAAUAUGAAUAAAAGUUUAUACAAAUGUGUAGCUUAGAGCCAUAAAUGUUUGACGAUUUUGUGAUAUAUGCUAGGAGAAUUACAAUGAGAAUUAAACAAGAGCAGUUUCACUUGGCACAAACCCCUCAGACUGCUCUCUGAAAGCACCUGCAUAAUGUCAAGACAUGCUAGGGUCCACUUUUAUGGGAAGGUACAAGCUAAUAAAAUUUUCAUAAGGUCUUCUUUACCAAAUUAAAAAAAA